CCUGCGAGCUCUUCGCCGCCCGUGGGACUCCAGGUUCUGCUGGGCCCGAGGGGAAGGUCUACUUAAAGCCCCUUGAAGCCCUCCCCAUGCAUUCCCCAUCAUCACUUUACACCUUGUGCUACUCUUCACCGUUCGGCUCAUCUUUCUCAUUAACCGUUCCUGAGACUGAUCGCCUGGCAUGGGUAUCAUGAUCAAGAAGCCCGAGGGCGCUGCUGGUUCAGCAUGGCCUGCUAUCAUGGUUGGACUGUUUGUCGCUUUCGGCGGUAUACUGUUUGGUUAUGAUACUGGUACUAUCGGCGGAAUUUUGGGCAUGAAGUACUGGCGCAACCAGUUCUCAACGGGUUACGUGAACAAGACGGACAAUGAGUUGGACGUGACGUCAGCUCAGACAUCCGAGAUCGUUUCCAUCUUGUCUGCUGGUACCUUCUUUGGUGCGUUGACUGCUGCUCCUGUGGCUGACGCGGUUGGCCGUCGCCUUGGUCUCGUCGUCUGCUGCAUUGUCUUCUGCUUCGGUGUCAUCUUGCAAACCGCUGCAACUGCCAUUCCCAUGUUCGUAGCCGGACGCUUUUUCGCAGGUUACGGAGUGGGUAUGAUCUCCGCCACCAUCCCGCUUUACCAGUCAGAAACUAGCCCCAAGUGGAUCCGCGGUGCCAUUGUCGGUUGCUACCAACUUGCAAUUACCAUCGGUCUUCUCCUUGCCGCUAUUGUCGACAACGCGACCAAGAACCGCAACGACAGCGGAUCUUACCGUAUCCCCAUCGCUGUGCAAUUUGCAUGGGCCAUUGUCAUCUUCAUCGGCUGCAUCUUCUUGCCCGAGACUCCCCGCUGGUACAUCAAGAAAGGACAGCCCGAAAAGGCUGCACGAUCCCUCUCCAAGCUGAGGAGACUUGAUGUUGAGCACCCUGCUCUGUUGGAGGAAUUGGCCGAAAUCACUGCCAACCACGAGUACGAGCUUACCCUCGGCAAGGCUACCUACCUGGAUUGCUUCAAGGGCAUUCUCGGAUUCCGUCUGCUCACUGGCUGCCUCCUCCAGUCGCUUCAACAGCUCACUGGUGUCAACUUCAUCUUCUACUACGGUACAAAGUUCUUCAUCAACGCGGGUUUCAAGAACUCCUUCGUCAUCUCCAUGAUCACCUCCGCCGUCAACGUCGGUUCCACAUUCCCUGGUCUCUACAUGGUCGAGAAGAUGGGUCGCCGUAACCUCCUCCUCUUUGGCGCCAUUGGUAUGGCCGUCUGCCAGUUCAUCGUUGCCAUCACGGGCACUGUCGUCGGCACCGGUAACCCUUCCGCUCAAAGUGCCAUGGUCGCCUUCGUCUGUAUUUACAUCUUCUUCUUCGCGUGCUCCUGGGGACCUGUCGCCUGGGUCGUUACUGGCGAGAUCUUCCCGCUCAAGGUGCGCGCCAAGUCGCUCUCCAUGACCACCGCCUCCAACUGGCUUCUUAACUGGGCAAUCGGAUAUGCCACACCCUACAUGGUCGAUGCCGGUCCCGGCAACGCCAACCUCGGUGCUAAAGUCUUCUUCAUCUGGGGUGGAUGCUGCUUCAUCUGCAUCUUCUUCGUGUGGGGCAUGAUCUAUGAGACCAAGGGCCUCGCGCUCGAGCAGGUCGACGAGCUCUACGCCAAGGUCCCCCACGCGUGGCAGUCGCAGGGCUUUGUGCCCUCGGUGUCCUUCCAGGAUGUCCAGCGGGCGCACGCCGACACCCGCCACUUCUCGCUCGCCGAGGUCGAGCAGGAGGUCAUCCGCAAGAAGAGCGUGCAGUACACCGAGGGCGACGGCCGCCUGCCCGAGAAGACGCUCGGCUUGUAAAGAGCAAGCGAGUGGCUGACUGCAUGAUGCAGUCCAGGGCACGAUUUUCGAUUCUCCGUAUGCAUAUUUGCGAUGGCGCGUAGGAUACGCGGGCUUUUGGGGGAUGUUGUGGCAUCAUGUUAACUGUGCGUGUUUGCUGUGUGACGACCUGAUAUUUACGUAACGAGAUAUAUGAGCGGAUACCAUCAAUUACAUUUCAACCAUUC